UUAUUUCCUGUCAUUGACGAGGUUUUUCAAUUCAAAUUUUCAGUGGACGCAAAAUUUUAGCGAAGUUUAAUUUCACAAAAGCCAGAAAGGGUUGGAUGAUUCCAACGGCUAACAAUAGUCCGACGACUUUCCGCCAGAGGGCGCUGUGCAGGAACAGCUGUGCCUCUGCUUCUUUUAUGCCAUUCACCCGCCCGCUUUACAUUUGCCAUCUCGUUCUCACUUGCACAGCCCAGUAGCACAGUCAAAACGAGGCGAAAUAAACUUAACAAUUUUAUUUUGACCAGGUUGCGAAAACAGACACGAAAUGCUGGCCCACAGGAUGCAGCUUUGGAGGACGACGAACGCGGCAAUGGCCUUGAGUUCCGCAGUCACCCGGUUUUCCCCUCAGGGUGUCUUUGAAAGCAGAAGGGAUCUUCAUCUACAAGGUAUUACCAACGCCAGCAGUUUACCCCUAAUGGCCUCCGAGAAAUGGUCGAAUCCCUACCAGCUUCGAUUUGCAAGCAGUGGAGCAGCUGCAGCCGGAGUUUCCGCCACAAAAAGCGGGGAAUUUAUGCAGGCGGUUUCCACAACGGAAUUGGUGGAUUUGCCCGACAUACCAGCUGCUCCAGUGCCACCACCCACCGAUGGUUUGAACGUAAUGGAUGUGGUCAAUCUGUCCGGAGAACCCUCCUUCGCCUCGAUUGGAUUGGGCGGCUGGUCGCCAGUGGGCAUGGUCCAGAACUGCAUGGAGUUCCUGCACUGCACUUGGGAGAUCCCCUGGUGGGGAGCCAUCGCCAUUGGCACCAUCGCCGUCCGCACAAUCAUCUUCCCCUUGGUCAUAAUUGCCCAAAGGAACUCGGCGAAGAUGAACAAUAACAUGCCGCAGAUGCAGAUGCUUCAGCUGAAGAUGACCGAGGCCAGACAGUCGGGAAAUGCUAUAGAAUCCGCUCGAUAUGCCCAGGAGAUGAUGCUGUUCAUGAGGGAGAAAGGCGUUAAUCCUCUGAAGAACAUGGUGGUUCCAUUGGCGCAGGCUCCUCUCUUCAUUAGUUUCUUCAUGGGACUAAGGCAGAUGGCAAAUACGCCGGUGGAAUCGAUGCGGGAUGGCGGUCUCUUCUGGUUCACAGAUCUCACCAUGGCGGAUCCCUUCUACCUGCUACCCAUGAUCACCAGUGCCACAUUGUACCUGACCAUUGAAAUCGGCACGGAUUCGGCUCGACUGUCUGCUGCCAACAUGAACACCAUGAAAUACGUACUAAGGGCACUGCCAAUCGUAAUCUUCCCCUUUACGAUGAACUUUCCCGCCGCUAUUUUGACCUACUGGGCCUGCAGCAACUUCAUCUCGUUGGGUCAGGUGGCCAUCCUCAGGAUUCCCUCCGUGAGGGAAUACUUUAAGAUCGAGAAAAUGCUGACCCAUGCCCCGAGUGCACUGCCACCCAAAAAGGGAUUUGUUGGCGGAAUGAAGGAGUCCUGGGACAACAUGAAAAUCUCGAAAGAAAUCGAGGAGCGACAGCGCCUGGACGAGAUUAGGUUUGCCAAGGCCGGAAAGGGACCGCUGGUCAAGACGUACAAGUUCGAUCCGACGAAGACCACAAAACCCAUUUCCGUGGAACCGCACAUGCGGUUAAAGGAGCCGCCAAACAAGCGAUAGUCCCCGUCAUCCUGUGGCCGCCGCCGAGCGUCGUGUCUUGUUACGUUAACUUAACCCUUUAGUCAAUAGUUUUUCACAACCAAACCCGGAUCGUUUUGCUGCUUAAAUAUAAUUUCUAAAUGUACAGAUGAAGAUUUCGCUGAUAAAAUUGAAUUGGGAAAGUA